UUACCAACUGCUCACCAGGACUUAUUACCAUGUGUGUGCGUUCAUAUGCUCUGUGUGUGUCUGUGUGUGUGUACAGAUAUCUUUGUGAGGACCAUUUUAGCCUACAACAUACAGGGAGAGGACGUUUUGGACCGGUCCUCACUCUCCGACCUGCUUUCAAAGGGCUGUUUGAGGUUUCAAGAUUCGGAUCUGAAAUUUUGAAAUGUUCGGAAAUAACGGAGGAAACCAGUGUCCUACUGGCUCUCAGUCUCAGCAAGUGCCAGGAUUCUAUCCUCAAUAUCCACCACAGCCCUGCCCCCCUCAGCCCUGCCCCCCUCAGCCCUGCCCCCCUCAGCCAUGUGGUCCACAUGUGUACAAUCCUGUGGCUCCACCUUGUGGAGGGUCUGGAGGCCAAGGUCACGGAACAGGUUGUGGACUUGACUGUGGUCAGAGCCAUGGUCCUGGACCUGGCUACGGGCACGGCGACAGCAUGGGCAUGAUCAUGGACAUGGGCAUGAUCAUGAUCAUGGACAUGGACAUGGACAUGGACAUGGGCAUGGGCCUGAUCAUGGACAUGGACAUGGCCAUGGGCCUGAUCAUGGACAUGGACACGGACACGGUCAUGGGCAUGGGCAUGGGCAUGGGCAUGGGCAUGGGCAUGGGCAUGGACACGGACAUGGCCACAGACAUAAGCAUGGACAUAUGCAUGGCCAUUGUCACAAAGGAGAGAGGAAGUGUCAUGGGUCGUCCAGCAGCUCCUGCAGCAGCGACUCUGACUAGAGGUGAAGAGAAACCACCGGAGCACCUUCGUCUUCCUGCCUUCGAUAAUAACCACCACUCCAUGUGUGCUUCUUCAACUCAGUGUCUCAUGUGCACCUCAAGGGUUUUUGAGUCUUGUUUAGUCGUCACGUGUUGUAAUAUCUUAUGUGAAUCUCUUAUAUAAGAUCAGAACAGCUGUGUCAGCAACACAGCUCCGGUCUCUGACUCCCUUCUGAUGGGUUGGCAGCAGCGUUGCUUUAAAUAUCUGUUACAUCAGUCUGCUACUGACAGUUGGAUAUGUAUUACUCAUGAAUUGAUCCAUUGUGAUAAACAACGUAUGAGUCAUAAAAGCAAUUAAUCUCA